UGUUUUUCAUCACUAUCCAAAGUCAAAACACGCCUAUCUGUCUCACAUGCCUCCAAAUCCUUACUUAUUUGUAUUUCAGCGUUCUCUACUCUCUAUCUUUUCUUCUUCAUCGCCCUCAAGUCAAGUUUCACUGAAUCUGAAAGUCUCUCAGAAUUACCUAUCACAGGCAUUGAGGAAAUGGUAUCUCAGGGAGAAGCUCAUCCCUACAUUCCGCAAGAUCUGAAAUUGCCUGGUUUUGUUCCCAUAUUCCUCUCACAGUCACACAUAGUUGGUGUGUAUGGCCUCGCAUCCUUCCUGGUUGUUUUGUUCAUGUGGAUACUCUCAGGGUUUGUUCCUAAAAUAUCAAAAACUGACAGAGUGCUCAUGUGCUGGUGGAUUUUCACGGGCCUAACCCACAUGGUCCUUGAGGGGUAUUUCGUUUUUACUCCAGAUUUCUACAAAAAGACUACUCCUGUUUACCUUGCUGAAGUCUGGAAAGAAUACAGCAAAGGUGAUUCAAGAUACGUAGGGCGGGAUGCUGGAGUUGUUAGUGUCGAAGGAAUCACAGCUGUCAUAGAGGGGCCCGCAUGCCUUCUUGCAGUGUAUGCCAUAGCUGCUAAGAAGUCAUACAGGCACGUACUUCAAAUAGCCAUUUGUUUGGGGCAGCUCUAUGGCACAGCUGUUUACUUCAUAACAGCUAUCUUGGAAGGUGAUAAUUUUGCUGCAAGCCCCUACCACUACUAUGCUUACUAUGUCUUCGCAAAUCAUUUCUGGGUUUGGAUACCAACUCUCAUAGUGAUUCACUGCUGGAAGAAAAUAUGUGCUGCCGUCAAGGUCCACGAGCAGAAGACCAAGACCCGCUGAGGUGAUUCUAAACAUUGAAAUCCAAAUGCCUCAACUGAAAAACAUUGUCACAAUUUUCUUCUCCUGAUUUUAUUUAUGGUGGUUGAGUUUAAUUUGCUGCAUUAGAAACAAUGCUGGAAUAUUAUUAAGAUGAAAUGUCCAAGAAAUCUGCUUAUUCCUGCUGAAA